UUUUCCUUCUUCACAAAAAAAGAAGAAAUCUUAUAGUGACUCAACACAGCUGGUCUGGCCCCUUUCCAUCCGUACUCGGGGCGGCGUCUGACCCCGUGGCGCGGCCUGCGAGCCCAACUAUAAAUGUGAGCACUGCGUACAGAGAGCAGGUCAGUCUGACUUGCAGCUCAACAGACAGCACUAUGAACGCCCUGGUGGUCGCACUCAGCCUCGCGCUGCUGGUGUCCUGCAACGCAGCAGGCAUCGUGUCUAACAGGUACGGAUCUGGCGGAUCAACCUUCGUCAACCUCGGCAAUGGUGGUUAUGGAAAUGGAGGCUCUCGAGUCAUCAACCUGGGCUCUGGCGGCUACGGCUCCGGCGGCGUCACCUACGCUUCUGGCAUCGGCAACGGCGGCUACGGAAAUGGCGGCGUCAGGGUGGUUUCUGGCGGCCUGGGCGGCUACGGAAAUGGCGGCGUCAGGGUGGUUUCUGGCGGCCUGGGCGGCUACGGAAAUGGCGGCGUCAGGGUGGUUUCUGGCGGCCUAGGUGGCUACGGAAAUGGCGGCGUCAGGGUGGUUUCUGGCGGCCUGGGUGGCUAUGGAAACAACGGCGUCAGGGUGGUUUCUGGCGGCCUAGGUGGCUAUGGAAACAACGGCGUCAGGGUGGUUUCUGGCGGUCUGGGUGGCUACGGAAAUAGCGGCGUCAGUGUGAUUUCUGGAGGGUCCGGCGGCUACGGAACUGGCGGCGUCAGUGUGAUUUCCGGUGGCUCCGGGUAUGGAACUGGCGGCAGGAGGGUCAUCAGCCUGGGCUCCGGUGGCUACGGAUCAGGAGGCAACACCUUCUUCCGCGGCAACUUCUUGGGAAAUAGGUACGGAUAUUGAGGCGAUGCAGCGAGGGACACGGCACACCAUCGCCUCUCCCUACAGCACGCCACGCCUGCACUUCACAGGCAACGUACCAACACACGAUAGGAAUCGAGUUCAAUCUAUUUAUGAUAAAGACUAAUUAAACAUUCUGAGUACUAUA